GACGGCCUCACGGAGCGGCAGCGCGAGAUCCGCCGCCUCAAGCAGGCCGAGAAGUUCGUGGAGCAGGAGACCGGCUCUCACCAGUGCAUCAUCUGCGACUUCCAGUACCAGCCGGCCAAGGGCUGCGCGGGCGCGGCGCCGGGCACGGACUUCGAGGACCUCGCCAGCGGCUUCCGGUGUCCCACGUGCAAGUGCUCCAAGGACAAGUUCCAACCCGUGACCGUGACGAUCGCGGGCUUCGCCGAGAACCAGGGCUACGGCUUCGGCGGCAACACCAUGACCGAGGGCGACAAGAACGGCCUCAUCUUC